AAGAUCUUUUAAAAAUUGGCCUUCUUGCGACCACAAAUUGUGGUCUUUUGGCUAAGCAAUUCGUUAAAUUCUCACCAUAAAUUGCAUCCAUCAUGGUUCUUUUAUCUAACGAACAAUUUCUUACGCAGCUUACCUUGUUAGCUCAAUCGGCCCGCAAAGAUUCAUCGUUUACCGUAACAAUUAAACGAUACGAUGGACAUGACCGGCCAAAGCCACGUGAAGGAAAACCACCCCUACCCAAACCUGCUGAGUAUAGUUGUUUGAUCCGAGCGCGAUCACGAUCAAAGAAGCUAGCGACGGUGGUGAAGCGAGACGAAGUGGCCAAAUUCAUGGAAUCGUAUUCAAAAGUGUUAAAAUCGAGCAUGGAUGGUUUGAAAAAGGUUAAGAAGGUUAAAAACAAAGCAAAGGCGGCCCAAGGAUAGUGCGAAACAUUGAUAUCGGAGAAGAACGAAGUGUUUCAAAGUGUUCUAGUUAUCCAUGGAUGGUGCAAUUUAGCACACUGAAAUCAUAAGUGCAUUUUCUUUAUUCGUUUUUAUCGAACUGUUUUACCUUCGUACCGGUUGUCCAAUAGCCUUUGUUUUGCUUUUCAUAACUGGCUGCCGCCCGAGAACGCAAAAGCAUAUGUGUUCCCAGACUCUAGGACCCAUUUCCGGUAAAUCUGCGAACGUGCGGUUGGAAACGACUUUGUAAUUUUGCUAUAGAAUUAAGCGUGAUGAAUUUAAUAUAAAAGCGAGGGUGA